AUGCUGGUUUUGUUUGGAUCAAUAAGUGUCUAUGCUUGUAUAAUGGCAGUGCUUUCAAAUAUGUCAUUCUGCGAAUGCUGUUAUUCAACGUUGUUCACUUGGAUUCCUCAUCAUCGCUGUAUUCCUGACGGGAGACCGACUGUGGUUCAACUAAUAGUAUUUACUUUGUCAUUUGGCAUUUGUGUCAUAUGGUUUAUUUACCGCCGUACACCGUACGCAUUCAUACUUUUGGACUUCAUCAAUGUCACACUUUGUCUUCACAUAUUGAAGUCGCUACGAUUACCCAGCGUGAAGUGGAUCUCAGUGCUGAUGCUAUGCAUGUUCGUUUACGAUGUGGUGAUGGUAUUCGUUACCCCAUUCCUCACUAGUAGUGGUUGCUCUGUGAUGUUGGAAGUGGCAACAGGUAUUGAUUGCUCAAGCAGCGGUAAUGAUGAUUACCCUAUGCCUCCUGUAGAUGCACAGUUACCUGAAAAAUUUCCCAUGUUAAUGCAAGUGCCACAGUUUGAUCCGAUGAUAUCAUGUGUUGAUCUAGAUAUUGAGAAAGGCUUCCACAUGACAAUUCUUGGCCUAGGCGACAUUAUUAUACCAGCUAAAGAGUUUACCUGUCUUGAAAAUUUUUUGCAACCAGUGCCCCAUAUUGAUAUUGUUGUGGGACGAGGAAUGUGUGAUUAUGCUUAG